CGUUCAUUUAUUGUGCGCGUUAGCUUUUGCGUCUGCCUUUUCGUUUCACCAUUUGAAAAAUGCGCGUUACAUUCGUACGUAUUGUGAGUUUUUAAUUUUGUGCUUAACUUCUUGCGAAUAUUUCAUAGCUUCAGACAUUUCAGUUACUUCCGUUCGUUCGUAAACACAGUUGCAGUUCGCUUGCCGCUUUCGAUACAACGGUCUGCGGUUCGGGCGCGUAUUCAACGUACGAGUAUUUUUCUUAAUUUAUUGGUUUGAAAUAAAACUGUGUCUGAAGCGCGUAUACCUUAUAUGUUAUUUAAGGUUUGCCAAUAAAAGUGUCGUAAAAUGUUUUAAUCGAUUAGUACCGAUUACUAGAUAAGUGAACAAUUGAGAAAUCAAUUAAAAUAAUACGAUUUUUUAUCCUUCCAACUCUUCAAAAAUGAAAAAAUAAAUAAACUAUUGUAUAGUAUUUUGAAACAGUUUUGAAAACUGAGUACGGAUUUUAUCCGUAUUUUUAAUUAUUGAUCGAUAGUCCACGAAACCGCAAAAGCUACAAAAGCAUCUCCAUUGAGCCACUGCUGCCAGCGAAGCGCAACAACGACAAGCAGCUAGUGCCUUUAGAGUCUAGACGAAAAGAACGAGCUAAUCGGCAGUUUUGAAAAACUCGAGCCGUUAUUGUUUGUAAGACAUGGGAAUAAAGUAGGAGGCCAACAGAAACAGAAGAUAAUUUAAGAAUAACGUUAACCGCACUGAAUAUAGAGACAUUAGCAGCAACAGCAACAGCAACACUUGCACUCAACCACAACAUCUGACUCCGAAGCUGAAGCGUUGAUAAUUACUUCCAUACCAUAAAACACAAGUGACAAAACAGUUGUUUUCCCUUUUUACCUUAUUACUUGAUUAGUGGUGCAUUUAUAAAGAGAAUAAGAAGAAGCACAAAUGCUCUUGCAACGGUCGCGAAUAUCAAACAUCGUGUUGCAGGUGUUGUCAUUGCUGUUCAUGUGUCACGCUGCCUGGGCAAACAGAACAACAAAUGCGUCAGCUGCCGCAUCCCCAACACCGAUGCCGUUGUUGGUUGCACCGCUGGUUUCAUCAUCGGAAGCUACACUUCUAACUACGCAGCGUCUAUUUCCGACAACCACGUCAACUACGACUUCAAGGCGGCAGCCUGACGGCCGGCGCUAUGAUGACGAAGUGGCAGAUGUGGAGUCGGUAAAGUCGCACUCCAACGCUGCUACCGCCACGAACGGCGGGAGUAAAAUUGGCCGCAAUAUUGGUAAUUUGCCAAAGAAACGUUAUAAAGUUGUGGCCAUACACACGAAUUGUACGCGCGAUCUCUUCACAAUGCGCAUAGAUUUGAAUCGCGACUUCCGCGGCCUUGUCUACGCCAAGGACUUUCCGUUGGAGUGCAGCGCACGUGGUAGCGCCCAUCAAAAUGUUACAUUGCGCUUACCCACGUCCGGUUGUGGUGUGCGUGUUGAGCCGCGUGCGGAUGGCGUGAUGGAGCUUUCGGUGCGAGUUAUGCUGCAAAUGGAACAAAAGCUGCGCCAGAGUUCGGACAUAUUGCGCACGGUGCGUUGUAAGCUGCCGCCCAAAGCCAUGGGCAUGAUAGUUGGUCCAUUUGUGGGCAUGUCGGCGGGUAAAAGAGCGAGAAUAAAAACCGAACAGCAGCGGAAAGUGGCACAGAACUAUAGAAACGGACGCAUGCGUGCACUCGGCGCUUCGCAUAAAAAUAACGUCGCAUUUGACGAUGAAGAUUCCUCUGACGCACCGCAAGCAGAUACAUCGCAAGAGCAGCAGACGAAUGAAGUGGUGGCAGACAAGCAACAACAGAAAGCCACCGAAACCGCCAAAAUAGUCGAAUCAACAGUUACGGUAGCACCUAAAAGCGACAGCAUAAGCGAUGAUGGUGAAGGCAAUGGUAAAGAGGUUGGAGGCGGCAGCGCUUCAAACACCACCACAACCAGCAACAGCAACACCACACCACGCGUGCGCAUUUGGCUAGAGCUGGGUGGCCUUGAUGGUUCCGGUGCAGUUGAGGUGGGCCAAGCUACAACACUAACUGUGCGCGCUAUUGUGCCUGGGACGAUGGGUGUGCGGGUGGUGGACUGUGCUGCACUCGAUGGGCUGGGUGAAUCGAAACAGCAGUUGUUGGACGAACGCGGUUGUACAAUAGACGAACAGGUCAUGCCACCGUUGAGUAAGCACUUCAAGCCGGUGGACGAGGGCUGGUCCAAGCAGCAACCGGACGACUUGAUGGAGAAAACAUUCACGGCCACAUUUCCAGCCUUCAAAUUCCCCGAUCGUGAGCGCUUGCAUGUGAGCUGUGGCGUGCAACUCUGCAAGACCAAAUGUCCGAAUGUGAAUUGUCGCAGCUCGGAACCGUUACUGCUGAGCGCUGACAAACACUUGGCGCGCAUUGAAGUCUUUAAUUCGCUGGCGGUGACGGCGCCGCAAAUUGAGGUGGAUCGCUUGCGUUACGAUCGGCGUUACAACAUGAGCGUCGAAGAAUAUCCCCCACACAUACGUCACAUUCACAGCGACGGCACGCUCUGUCUUUCUGUGUCUAAGUUAGCCAUCUCGUUCUGUGUGCUGGGUCUCAUCUUUCUGGUGGCAGUUAUUGUGGCAAUUUAUUCUCUUAUACGUGCGCGUCGUCGUACCACCGGAGGCAGCACCUGUGCAUUGACGCCGCCCAGCAGCGGUACGGGCCAUAUUGGCCAGCGUGCAGAGCUUUGCACAUCGAUGUUUUCUUCGAGCAGCGAAUCAGCGCAAUCAGCGCGCUUUGGCAGCAAACUGCUUAUGCCCUACUAUCCGAAUACGCUGCCCUAUGGCAGAGUCUAUUGAGCAGUCGAAUUCGAAUCAGCACUUAUUUUAUAUUAAAUAUGUUUUAAAUCUUAAAAAUUACCUUUUAAGCUUCAUACUCAUUUCAUUUAAUAUCUAAAGACUGAUUUUAUAAAUAGUUUACUUUUUUGACGAAGGCAUUGGAAAAACAGAGAAACAAAUAUUUUUUCUCCCAGAACGAACGCAAUAUACCCCAAUACUUAUUUUUUGAAUUUUAAGCUUAAUUAACACAUUUUUAUGUGUUUUUUUUUCAUAUGUAAGUUAUU